GGGGUAGCGUGAACACUGCUGGCCAGCCAGCUCCAGCAAUAUGAGUACCUCUCUAUUAAACUGAUGAAUAUUUACUCACAUUUCUUCAGGAUCAAUAAACCACACACAGAAGUGCUGGCGCUUCUGCGUAUCAAAUCAAACAAGAAAUAAUGACAGUGAAUCAAAGUUUAAAUUUCACAGAAAAGGACCUCUCCGAAUCUGAACCUGCAAGCAUGGAAUAUGACAACCCUUCUAUCCAACAUGAGAAAAAUCUUGAAGAAAGUGACCGGUUGAAGGCGAAGAAAAAAAAGAAAAAAGAUAAGUCAGAGAAAAAGGUGGUUGGCGUCAUUGAACUGUUCCGCUAUGCUGAUUGGGUGGAUAUACUUUUGAUGGUAGUUGGUUUGAUCGCAGCUGCUGCUAAUGGUACUGGAUUACCACUUAUGAUCAUUAUAUUUGGAGAUAUGACAAACGCCUUUGUUCUAAGUGGUGUGAAUUCAAGUACGUCAGAAGGUGCUUCAGUAAAUAAUUCCAGUUGUCAACCAGCUCCAGGUGUAGAUAUAGAAGCUGACAUGACAAAGUUUGCUUACUACUAUGUGGGAAUUGGCUUUGCUGUGUUGAUCCUGAGCACCAUCCAAGUAUGGACAUUUCUGAUUGCUGCUACAAGGCAAACAUCAAGGAUUCGGCGGAAGUUCUUUUUUGCAGUGCUCCAUCAGGAGAUGGCUUGGUUUGAUAGUACCCAGAUAGGAACACUGAACACUAGACUUACAGAUGAUAUCAACACCAUCCAUGAAGGCAUUGGAGAUAAGAUCUGUAUAUUUGUGCAGUUUUUUUCCACAUUUCUGGCAGGAAUUACUAUAGGAUUCGCCCAUGGGUGGAAGCUAACACUGGUGAUUUUGUCAGUCAGUCCGCUGCUUGCUGCAUCAGCUGCAGUCUGGUCAACUCUUCUGGCAUCUCUUACAGCUAAAGAGCUAUCUGCUUAUGCCAAAGCAGGAGCUGUGGCAGAAGAGGUCUUGACUGCAAUCAGGACUGUUGUGGCUUUCAAUGGUCAGCAGAAGGCAUUAGCAAAAUAUGAUACUAAUCUGGAGGCAGCUAGACAUGUUGGAGUGAAAAAAUCCAUUACCACCAACACAUCUCUGGGUGUUUCACAAUUUCUCAUUUUUGGAUCCUAUGCGCUUGCAUUUUGGUAUGGAACAAAGCUCACUGUUGAGGAGCCAGAAAAUUAUGACAUUGGUCGUGUGUUAAUUGUGUUCUUCUCUGUGCUUAUUGGAGCCUUUUCCCUAGGACAAGCAGCUCCCAACUUGGAGAGUGUGGCUAAUGCGCGCGGGGCUGCCUAUGAAGUAUAUCAAAUUAUUAAUAAGAAACGGCUUAUAGAUAGCAGUUCUAAGGAAGGCUACAAACCAGACAAGCUCAAAGGAGAAAUCGAAUUCAGAAACAUCCAUUUCAGUUACCCAUCAAGGCCUGAUAUUACAAUCCUCAAAGGUCUAAACUUGAAGGUUCAAACUGGGAAGACCAUCGCUUUAGUUGGUGCUAGUGGCUGUGGGAAAAGCACUACUGUUCAGCUGCUGCAAAGAUUCUAUGAUCCUGACCAAGGAGAAGUCACCUUAGACGGUCGGGAUAUUCGGACACUUAAUGUAAAGUGGCUAAGAGAAAAUAUUGGUAUUGUGAGCCAAGAGCCUGUUUUGUUUGCAACAACAAUAGCUGAGAACAUUCGCUAUGGCAGAGAAGACAUUUCUGAUGCUGAAAUUGAACAAGCAGCCAAGGAAGCCAAUGCUUUUGACUUCAUAUCUCGACUGCCUGAUAAAUUUAACACCAUGGUAGGGGAGAGAGGGGCUCAGCUGAGUGGAGGACAGAAGCAGCGAAUAGCUAUUGCUCGUGCCCUGGCAAGAAAUCCAAAGAUUCUUCUUCUGGAUGAAGCUACAUCUGCUCUAGAUACUCAGAGCGAAUCUGUAGUUCAAGCAGCUCUUGAUAAGGCUCGGACUGGACGUACCACUAUUGUGAUUGCACAUAGGUUGUCUACCAUCAGGACUGCUGACACUAUUGCUGCAUUUGAGAAGGGCAUUGUGGUUGAACAAGGAACACACAGCGAACUCAUGUUGCAGAAGGGAGUCUACUAUUCUCUUGUAAUGCAGCAAAGCGGUAGCAAUAAUGUUCAAGAUGAUGGUACAUCAGAAGAAGAUGAAGAAACUGAAGCCGAGGAAUAUGAGGAAAAUGACAAAAGUAGUUCUGUGGAGAAACUGAACCUUAAAGAUCACUUUGAAGAACCAGUGAUAACUGGGAGAGGCAGCAUUCGUAGAAGAUCCAGCAGAUACAAGAGCAAGAGAUCCUCUUCUAAGAAAAAGUCCUCUAAAAAGAAGAAAAAGGAGCUGGAGGAGGAAAAUCUCCCUGCUGUGCCUUACACAAGAAUCCUGGCUCUGAAUAAACCUGAGUGGCUAUAUGUAUUACUGGGAGUGAUUGCUGCUGCUGUCUCAGGUGGGGUCCAUCCUGCGUUUGCUGUUAUAUUUGGAAAAAUCAUUGGGGCUUUUCAAGAAAGAGAUCCAGAAAGGAGGAAUAAAAACACUUUGGUGCUUUCUCUAAUGUUUCUUUUACUUGGAGUGAUUACCUUAGCAACAUACAUAAUCCAAGGAUUCAUGUUUGGAAAGUCUGGAGAAAUACUAACAAUGAGACUACGUUCUUUGUCCUUCAAAGCAUUACUUCAGCAGGAGAUUGGAUGGUAUGAUGAUCAGAAAAAUGCUGUUGGAGUUCUGUUAACUCGACUUGCUACAGAUGCUUCCCAAGUCAAAGGGGCAACGGGAAGCCGACUUGGACUGAUGACUAUGACUGUCUUUACCCUUCUGACUGCCAUCAUUAUUGCUUUUGUGUACGGCUGGCAGCUGACUUUGCUUAUCCUGGCCUGCAUUCCUUUCGUUAUUGCUGCAAAUGCUGCAAAUGUUAGCUCUGUGUCUGGUCAUGCAGCAAAAGAUCAAAAAGCUUUGGAGGAGGCUGGAAGAGUUUCAACAGAAUCAGUUGAAAAUAUAAGAACUGUCGCUUCAUUGACCAGGGAAGAAGCAUUCUAUGAGAAGUACAUAAACAGUCUGAACGGUCCAUAUAGAGAUUCUCUAAAAAAAGCCCCUUUAUAUGGAUUUACCUAUGGAAUAGCUCAGUCUGCGAACUACUUUGUUAAUGCAGCAGUCUUCAGAUUUGGGGCAUGGCUCAUUGCUCGUUGUCUGACUAACUUUGAAAAUGUAUUUAUAGUCUUCUCUUCUGUCAUAUUUGCAGCUAUGAAUGUUGGUCAGUCUGCUUCCCUGGCACCAGAUUAUGGCAAAGCUAAAGUUUCAGCUCAAAGAAUCUUUCAUCUUUUGGAUCGAAAACCUCAAAUUGACAGUUACAGUGAAGAAGGUGAAAAAUUGAGUAAUUUUGAAGGCAACAUUGAAUUCAGAAACAUCCAUUUUGUAUAUCCAACAAGACCAGAAGUUCAAGUUUUGCAAGGACUUAAUGUGAAGGUUAACAAAGGACAGACUCUGGCAUUAGUAGGAAGCAGUGGCUGUGGCAAAAGCACAUCCAUUCAGCUCUUGGAGAGAUUUUAUGAUCCUGUGGAAGGACAAGUGUUAGCAGAUGGAUUCGAUACCAAGUCUUUGCAUUUACAAUGGCUGAGGUCCAGGCUGGGUCUAGUGUCACAGGAGCCCAUUUUGUUUGACUGCAGCAUCGCUGAAAAUAUUCAAUAUGGAGACAACAAUAGGCUUGUUAGUCAGGAGGAGAUUGAAGAAGCAGCUAAAGCAGCAAAUAUUCAUGCCUUCAUUGACAAACUACCAGAGAAAUAUAAUACUCGGGUGGGUGAGAAAGGAACACAACUUUCCGGAGGUCAAAAACAAAGGAUAGCAAUUGCCCGAGCUCUGGUUCGUAAUCCUGCUGUUCUGCUUUUAGACGAAGCUACUUCUGCACUUGACACAGAAAGUGAAAAGAUUGUUCAGAAAGCUCUGGAUAAUGCCCGGCAAGGUCGAACCUGCAUUGUAAUUGCACACCGCCUGACAACCAUACAGAAUGCAGACAUCAUCGCGGUGAUCCAGAACGGCAGGGUGGUGGAGCAGGGUACCCACAGCCAGCUGUUGGCAAAGGAAGGACACUACUAUGCCCUUGUAAAUGCACAUGUCUCUAAUUAGUGCUGUCAGUAGAUUUUUGUUGUUGUUGUUCAUUUGUUUUUCCUGGGAAGAUGUGAAAAGCUGACAGAGAAGUAAUGUUGGCUGUAUCUCUGCUGAUGGAACAGCGGCCAUGUGGUGUGUAGCCUGGUUGCUCUACCUGCUGUAGUCCUUGGCCUAUGUACCUAGAGAGGAAUAAACAGUGUAUGCCCAUGGGUGAUACGUACAUGUGGCAUUCCAGGGGACAAGCAUUUGUAGGGAUAGUUUGGAUCUGGAGGGAGCCAGACCUGGAGCAGUCUCAUCAAGCCCACCAGUUCAGGUGGGGAAACUCAGAUCUUUGUCCCCUGAAACUCUGGCCCACAUGAGCUGGUGCAGAUGAAGGGUGGUCCACGAGUGUGGCAGUGGCUAACUGUCACAGAUAAGCAGGGGGCUGCUCGUGCUUGCUUCUGUUUAUUUUUUUUUCACCAACAAGAUGCAGCCCUGAAGUUUUCUUUAUGCUCUAAGAACUGUUGAUUCUCACAGAUGACAUUUGAAAUAAAAGCAUUUCUAUCUCA